ACUGUGAGUCAUUUCAGAUCCGCCUUUAUCUGAUACAUACAUACAUUUCUCUCUCAUCUUCCCCAAAGCUCCAUUUCAAUGGCCUUUUAACUCAAAUUCACCUAAUCUGCUGCAAACAAAACCUACUAAAACUCACAGAUCACUCAUCCACACACAUAGAUCUGCAUCCUCUCGUCUGUUUUCAGAUCUGGUAGUUUGAGCAACGAUUCACGUAAGUAUAUGUUCGGAUUGUGGUUUGGCGUAACUGGAAUUAACGACGUCGUUUUGCUCAGAUUCGGUUGGUUGUGGAGAAGAUCUAAAGAGAACUAACUGUUUUUGUGUAGACCCUGUUAUAAUUUCGUUCAUUUUCGUUAGAUUUGAGAGUUAGUGGUUGUAAUUUGAGUCGUAAAUGGAGACGCUUGUGGUAGUUGCGCAACAGGAUCAGUUUCAUAGCAGAAACCGUGGUCGAAAUCACGGAGCGUUUGGCUCGUAUCAUACGCGUGAUUUUAGAGAUAUUAAUUGCCGUACGUUUCAAUCCGGGUCAGGGAUACUCCCAAGCCCAAAUAAGGCUUGUUCACCACCUGUUACCAAACAGUCCUUAUCUAAUUCACCUAAAACACCAGCUAAACAUGUUUACUCUGACCAAAACCCUAAGCAUACAAAGAGAAUUAUGAAAAGUAGCUCGGUUCCGAUCCCGCUUGAUAUCAAUAUCAAGCAUGUGGAUUAUUAUUCUAGAAAGGAUAGUAGUUUGAGAGAUUCUUUGAAUGAUAAUUUGUUUUAUUCUGAGCUUUGGGCUGGGCCUGCUUAUUCGAAUUCACCACCUCCUAGUUCUUUGCCUAUACCGAAAUUUUCGGUCAGGCCGAAAAGGACUGUUUCUCUUGAGCUGCCUUCGGUUUCGGUUUCUGAUAUUGAUCUGUUUGCUCAUGUUGUUAAGUCUGCUCCCCCUUCCCCUACCAGGGAUCAUCAUAAGAGUUCUCAUAGGGAGUUUGUUAACAGUGAUGAUGAGUUUGCGACGAAGACGCUUCGUCGCAUUCUUAACCUUGACUUGGCCGACGAGUGACUAGUUAGGAGUGGUGAUCACUCCUGUAAAUAAAAAUAUCUACUUUCUUUUUCUUUUUUUAGUGUAGGUUGUAUAUAGGAUGAAUAAGUCUGUUGUUACUUCUGAUUGCAUACUAGUUUCCAUGUAGUAUGGGGUGUGGUGUGAUGGUAGUCAAGGAGGGUUGGUUAGGUGGUUGGUGGUAGAUCAAUAUUUUCAGAGUCGAUACAAAUUCAAAACCUUUCAGAGUUUCUUGAGCAUCAAAGCUGGGGUUUGGGUUGGGGAUUGAUUUGGCAGCCACAUUGGGUUAGUGGUGCGAUGGUACAAGGAUGGCUGUUUAGGUGGUUGGUAGAAUAAUACUUUGAAAGUCAAUACAGAAUUACAGAUGUGUAACCUGUUGUUUGUUUGGGAUUUAAAGCUGGGAUUGGGAUUAAAGUGGCAGCAGGCGUUGAGCAUGUGGUGUAUGGUAACAAAGAUGGCUGCUUUGGUGGUUGGUGGUAGAGCCGUGUUAUAAAGUCGAUACAAAUUCGUAAGUUGUCAAAGUUUCUUGGAAUCAAAGCUUGUAUUGGGAUUGACGGGGGCAACAAGCCUUAGGUGCAAAAAGAGUUGGCUAUGUAUAUGGUUGACGGUAGAUUUCUAACCUUUUGAAGUUUUCUUUGGAUAUCAAAGAUGGGAUUGGGACAUUCUUAUAUUGGAUCAUGUACCGUGGAGCUGGUGGGGGAUGGGGGAUCAGUUUUCUGAAAGCCCGGUACAGAUUCACAAUUUGUUGAUGUUUAUUGGGAGAUCAGAUUUGAAUGGAUAAUGCAGUGGAGGUAGAUGUUGGUUGUAAAAUGAUUCAAUGAUGUUUUGCAAUCUUUUGUGGCUACUGAACCGCACUGCUGGGUUAUUAGUUCUCCUGGUUUCUAGGUUAACACUGUGUUGUAUAUAGUGACGAAUCCUUCAUGGUGAUUCUAGUCCUGCAGAUCCCGCAUCUUCUAGCCUUCUCUUUCAAGCACCAAAACGGUCAUAUCCCACAUUCUCAUAGUUACCCCAGGCAGUGGCUGAUGACCUCUUCCGUUUCUUAUAGUUUCGUGUCAUAGUGGGUCGUUGUCCUUUUCAGUUUCAGUUUCAGUUUCAUUUUGUCUAUUUAUCGUUUCUUCCGUAAGAUAGAUGUUUUCUGAUAGUCAAGUUGUAGAGCUCCUGUUCAACAUCUUUUCUGGUUUUUAAGAAAGAAAAGUGUGAAGGGAAAGUAAGAUAGUUGUAUCUUCUGUUAUUUGAUCUGAGUCAGCAACAACUUACAUUGCUUUUCGGAACGGUCAUUGCCACUGUUCCCGUGGUCGUUAAGAAAGGUGUAAACCUUAUCUUCUAAGAUCGGUCAUCUUGUGAAGCCACUUGAAGAAAAAUCAUCUUUAGGAGGCUGUUCUUCUGAAAUAUGUCUGUAGUUGUCGUUUUAAGUAUCUUGCGAAGCCACUUGAAGAAUGCUGUACUUCUAAAGCAUGUCGGUUGUGAUACGGGUGUAGAACCGUAGUGGUUUACUUGUGAGCUGGACUUGUAUGUGAAGUUGAGUUUGCAGCCAAAAUGGAUAGGAAGGAGAAGCAUCUUCAUGAGCGUGUUCUUCCAAAACAUACUGGUGGCUGUUGUGGUCUGUUUGUUUGUUUGCGUGUUUUGUUUUGUUCCUUGCGGUUACUUUCGUGUCUUUCAAUUCGUAGGUUAUGUUUGUUUUUUGCUAUGUCUCGUUAAAUGACUUUGGUUUUGAGUGCUCUUGUGUUAAUGUACACUUUUUGUUUUUAACUUUGCGUGUGUGGUUUGUUAA